UAAUAUAUGAGGAAAUGCUACAAUUCAAAGAAGGAAAUAAUUAUUGUUAUUUUUCCACUUUUGAAUUCUAAUUGAUUGAUAUAUAACUUACAAUUUGGAUUGUUUUCAAUGAAAGAAACACGGAAACACCGUAAUUGCGUUUUAAUAGAUGGAAUGGAUAUUUUACACGUGAUGUUGGCAGAUAAAUUUCCACGAGGAAAUUUUUUUUGGUAAAGUGCACGUCGUUUUGAACAGGUUUGAGCACGUUUACAUCACCGCAAAUAAUUAUUGGAAGUACAGUCUAAUUUCAGAUCUUCCCUAACGAUGAAGACAAACAGUUUGUUGUGUUUGGUUAUCAUUGGUUCUUCCGUGAUAAAGAUUGCCUCGGCGGUUGUUACUUCAUGUGCCGGGAGUAUGUGUAUCUGUGAUGACGAACAACUUACUGCAAGCUGUAGACCAGAUCGAGGCCGAGAAGAGUUAUUAUUCUUUCCUCGUCUACCGAAUUUCGUCACAGAUGUUAUGUUCAAAGAUUAUACACGCCGACAUAUUUCUACAAAAGAUUUAGUGAACUUAACUCGCCUUCGUCUUGAAGUGUUGCGACUGCAUAGUAUGGAAAUAACUAAUAUGGAAAUGGGUUUAUUUCAAUCCUUUAAAAGUCUCAAAAUAAUAGAUAUCUCAUAUAAUCCGGAACUUUCUUCUGAUACAUUAAAAGAGGCAUUCAGAAAUAUUUCACAAGGUUUUCAAACUUUUAAUAUGACUUCUAGCCGAUUGGACACUGUACCAGACAUGUUUAAAUAUCUUGUAGAUACCAAUUUUACAAGUUUAGUUUUGGCAUAUAACCCAUUAUAUCAUUUCAAAGCUGAUGCAGUAAAAGGACUUCAUCUGAAACUUUUAGAUUUAUCAUACUCUGAAUUUGGUAAUUUGACAAUAAUAUGUCCUGCAAAUUCUACCCCUCUACUCCCAACACUAGAGAAUCUUCAACUUCGUUCAACAAAGAUCAAAACAAUUCCAAAAAAUGUAUUAAGUUGUUUUCCAAGUCUUCAAAAAGUUAACUUUGAUAACACACCUUUUGGAUUUUUUCCAACUUUUUGCCACAACUAUCAACAUGUUACAAAUCACUUGGAAACAUUGUAUCUCGCAAAUACCAGAAUCAGUGGACAUAUUUGUAGCAAACAUUUUCUGUGUUUGAAAAACCUUAGGCAUAUUAAACUCGACAAAAAUCCAAUAACAAAUUUCCCCCACUUUUGUAAUUCUAAGGGCUUUAGUAAUGUCCCGAAACUAUAUCGUCUUCGGCUUCAGUUUACAUCGAUCACAAUUUUUCAUAACGAUUCUUUGAAAUGUUUGCCUUCUCUUAAAAGCUUAGAUUUAAAAAACAAUCUUUUAAAAAGUCUUCCAACUUUCUGUAGAGAAAAUAACACCAGCUAUACUCCGAAAUUGAAGGAACUGUUCCUACAAAAUACAAGUAUUACAACUCUUAAAGGUUUUAAGUUUGGCUGUCUUCCAAAUCUGGAAAAGCUUGAUUUGCGAUAUAACUUCUUCAGACAAGUUCCGUCUUUCUGCGAUAGAUCAAAUCACAGCACUAACCCCCUUCUACAUGAUCUGAAUUUAUCGAACACGAAAAUUAAAUACAUAUUUAACGACAGCUUUUUAUGCCUUCCCUCUUUAAGGAAGUUAUAUUUAAAGAACACCGAAAUCACUCGACUUGAUGACAAUAUAUUUAGUUCGAUAGGAUCUUUGACAUAUUUAGAAAUUGGCGAUUCACCGAGCUUAACAGGCAUAUCUAAAUAUGCGUUCAAUAUCUCUCGUCUUCUCACAAUGAAAUUUACUUACAACAAUUUUGAUUUUGAGAGAAAAAAAUAUUUUCCAAAAUAUCUAUUUAAAUCCUGUGCAAAUGUGACGACCUUAGACCUCAGUGGAAACCACUUUUCAACGGGACCCACUGCUGAAGAGACACUUAAGCCUUUGACAAAAUUAGUUACACUAAUCCUGACUAAUAACAGAAUGGACACUAUUCAUGAAUACACAUUCAGAUCGUCCAAGGCUUUAAAAGAAAUACGACUAAAUCAAAACAAGCUUAUAGGUUGGAAAGAAAAUGUUUUCCAAAAUCUUUCGAAUUUACAACAUUUGAACAUGGCGGACAAUAAAAUUGCAGUGUUUAAUAAAACGUCAGUGCCAACGAAUAUUUUGAAUAAUUUAAAAACAUUAAAUCUUGCGUAUAAUCCCUUUGACUGUGGUUGUGAUUUAAUUUGGUUUAAAAAAUGGAGUCUACAAACAAAUGUUACUCUUCUAUUAUUUCCGAACAAGUAUUCGUGCCAGACACCUGCUUCAGUGCUUCGGCAGCCAAUUACAUCCCUACAACUAACAAAGGACGAUUGCACAGAAAAACAUCCAUGGAUUGUAUAUAUUGCUGCUGCGUCGGCUGGAUCUUUCUUAAUUGUGUUAACUUUCACUGUUAUUACUGUGCAGUUACCGACAAUAAAGAAUUAUAUAUACUACUUCCGUUUGAAGAGAAUAGGGUAUGUCAAAUUAAUAAAUGAACAAGAUUUUAGAUACGAUGCAUAUGUUGUGUAUUGUGAAGCAGACGAAAAAUGGGUUAUUCGAACACUCGUGCCUAAAUUGGAAUCCGAGGGUUUACAGUUAUGUAUUCCUGAUAGAGAAUUUAGAGUUGGAGCUGACAGAUGUGGUGAAAUUGAAUCCGCAUUUCAAGAAAGCAAAAAAAUCCUUGUAGCAUUGUCAAACAAUUUUGCAAAAAACGAAUGGUGUCUUUGGCAGGAUCAUUUAGUGGAAGAAAGAUUGCGACAAAGGGGGAAUUCAUCGGUGGUAUUUAUUUUAUACAAAAACAUUAGUAGCAAAAACAUGAUUUCUUCCUUGCAUCGUACAAUGAAACACCAGUCCAUUAUAACUUGGCACGAAGGGGGUGCACGUGAAAAAAUGUUUUGGAAGGUUGUUAUCCUUGCUGUAAAAUCACCACUCGGCGAACCUCCUAUGUCAGUCUUGAAUGGAUGAACAGCUUUUUUUUUCUUUUAAAUCAAGCCAUUAAAUGAUGAGUUUGUUGAACACCAAAGAUUUAGGCCGAAAUGAGAAUGAUUAGAUUACAACCGAAAAAACAGUCCGCAAAUGAAAAAUCAUUAAUAUUUGUAGUUUUUAUUUAAAUUGUAAAUGCUAACAACUAUCGUUUUGUGUUUGUUAUAAGUGUUAUGCUUAUAUUAAUUCCGAUGGAUGAGCUCAUGAACCACACUGGAUUUAUAUCAUGCAUUUCAAUUACUUGUAUAUUUUUUAAAUCUUAAAUUAUGUGUUAUUGUGUUGUCAAUUGGCAUUGUUCAUUGACAUAGUAUAUAAAUUUAUAUAACAUUUGUGUACGUAGUACCCCACCUGUGCAUUUGUAUGACAAAAUAUCAAAUUAUAUACUGUUU